AUGUCAAGACCCACCUUAAAAGCGUUAAAUAUGAAGUUUAGUGAAUUUACAAAUGUUGGAUUCAGAAUCGGAAAAAUAUUGACGGCUAUCCCAUUAUCCAAAGCACGUAAACCUGCAUACAAGUUGCAAGUCGAUUUUGGAGAGUUAGGAAAAAAGGUGUCCUCAGCUCAAUUGCCUGCUAAUUAUACAGUGGAUGAAGUAGUAGGAAAGACAGUUAUUGGAGUUGUUAACCUUCCACCACGACGUGUUGCAGGAGUUAAAUCAGAAGCUUUAAUUGUUGGGUUUCCUGAUUCGAAGGACAACGUUCUUCUUCUUAAUACCCGCUUCCAGAAUCCUCCCAUUGGCAGUCAAUUGGCUGAGUACGGUCAGCAGGCAGAUGAAAUUACUUAUGAAGAUUUCCAAAAAGCUGAUAUUCGAUCUGCAACCGUCCUAUCUGUUGAGACAUUAGAAGAAAAUAAAAAUUCUUUCUAUAUAAAACUGGAUGUUGGAGAAUACGGAGAAAAGUUUGCUUUCCUGAGUGAUAUUGAUGUAGAAACCGCUGAUUCCUUAGUUGGUAGCCAAGUAGCUACACUUUUAAAUCUAGAUCCUGAGGAUAUUUCAGACAAACGGUACGAACUUGAUUAUAUCAUUAAAAUCUUGCAAGGAAAAUAUCACGUUUUUAUGGAAGUAGGAUCAGCAAAAUCGGUUAAAGCAUUUUACAUUAUACAAGCAAAUUGUAAAUACUAUGGAAUAGAUAUCAAUCCACGUAUGAUCCAAGAAGCACGCCAAAAUUUCUUGGAAAAAAAUAUAUUUGAUAAAGCCAAAGUUGAAUCAAUGUCAUUUUUUGAUCUUGACCUUUCUUUCAAGGCUUUCAAUCCAAAUGAAAAGGUCUUGAUUUUCUUACCUUUCAAUUUGUUUGGAAAUUUAGGUGAUCCUAAAAAAUCAUUAGAGAAGCUUAUUAAACUUAGUCAAGAUUUUAUCGUAAGUUAUUAUAAAAUAAAUCAGACUUCUUACUUAGCGAGAAAAGAAUAUUAUACGAAUUGCGGUCUUUAUAGCUUAAACUAUAUGGAAGAAGAUCACCAAGCUAAAUUUACUUCAAGCAGAGGAUUUUGUUCGAUUACAUAUAGUCCGGAGUACAUUGAAUCUAUUAUUAAUAAGCUGGUGAAAGAACUGAAAGUCCCUUAUAAACUCGAAAUAGAACAUGAUUCUUUUAACUGUAUUGGCAUG